UUCCAGAGACUUCAGCAACUUUUGGAGAGUUGAGUCUGUGGAGUGGAUUGAGUCAGCUACAGUCACUACAGGACCUUGGGACAUGACUCCUGUUGUCUUCAUAGCCAUCCUUUGUUUGGGAGUGGCCUCAGGUGCUCCAAUACUUGAUCCCAGUUUGGAUGCUGAAUGGCAAGAGUGGAAGAAAAAAUAUGACAAAUCAUAUAGCCUGGAGGAAGAAGAACUGAGGAGAGCAGUAUGGGAAGAAAACCUGAAAAUGAUCAAACUGCACAAUGGGGAGAAUGGACUGGGUAAGAAUGGCUUCACCAUGGAAAUAAAUGAAUUUGGUGACACGACUGGUGAAGAAUUCAGGAAAAUGAUGGUUGAAUUUCCAGUUCAGACUCACAGGGAGGGGAAAAGUAUCAUGAAACGUGCAGCUGGUAGCAUUUUCCCCAAAUUUGUUGAUUGGCGAAAGAAAGGCUAUGUGACUCCUGUGCAGAGACAGGGCAACUGCAAUGCUUGUUGGGCAUUUUCUGUGACUGGUGCCAUAGAAGCACAAACAAUCUGGCAAAGUGGCAAACUCAUCCCUCUGAGUGUGCAGAACCUGGUGGAUUGUUCUAAACCUCAAGGCAACAAUGGUUGUCUUGGUGGUGAUACAUAUAAUGCAUUCCAGUAUGUUUUGCACAAUGGCGGUCUUCAGUCCGAGGCAACAUAUCCAUAUGAAGGGAAAGAUGGACCAUGCCGGUAUAAUCCAAAGAAUUCAUCUGCUGAAAUCACAGGAUUUGUGUCCCUACCCGAAAGUGAGGAUAUCCUAAUGGUUGCUGUAGCAACUAUUGGGCCCAUCUCUGCUGGUAUUGAUGCUUCACAUGAAUCUUUCAAGUUCUAUAAGAAAGGUAUUUAUCAUGAGCCAAAUUGUAGCAGUAAUUCUGUGACUCAUGGAGUUCUUGUGGUUGGUUAUGGGUUUAAAGGAAAUGAUACAGGUGGUGAUCACUACUGGCUGAUAAAAAACAGCUGGGGUAAACAAUGGGGCAUGAGAGGCUACAUGAAGAUCGCCAAAGACAAGAACAACCACUGUGCAAUUGCUUCAUAUGCUCACUAUCCUACUAUUUGAGCAACCUGAUGGCCACAAGAAAACAUUUGGCAGAAGACAGCCCUUUUAGUGGAGUGCUAUUUGCUUGUCAGUGAAUAGCCUUUGCUUGGUAUAUUUGUGUUCCUGAAAAAGUACAUUGUAAUGUGAAUUCUGGGACCCUUCAACUAUUUUGGCAUUAUGACAGCUAUUCCACUAACUAAUAUAUGUUUAUUAUUUCUGCAGAAAAUUUCAGUUUUACUUAUUGCACAAAUAAAAUCCUUUAAAAAUAAAA